AUGAUUAACCCUCAUCCUUUCGACCCUCUCUCGCCUGGAGAAAUCGCAAAGGCUGCGGCAAUUGUUCGCAAUGAGCUUCGAGGGCAUGACCUCAAUUUCCGUGUCAUCACCCUCCAGGAACCACCGAAACAUGUGAUGGUCUCUUUCUUAGAGAACGCUCCUCAUGGACAUGAGCACGGGUCUCCUGUUCGAGCCGCACGCGUUCAAGUAACCGUGCAUGAAGAAUCAAAGCCGAACAUGAUGAUUGAACUGACCAUCGAUCUUACUUCUGGGGUUGUCAUGAAACGAGAGAACUUGCUCGGGAAGCAUCCAUUCAUUGAUUCUGCGUACAUGCAAGCCGCGGAAAAGGCUUGCCGGGCCGAUCCAAGGAUUGAGCUUGAGAUCCAGAAGCUCAAGCUGCCCAAGGGCGCUGAGGUUGUGAUUGAACCGUGGGCGUAUGCGACCGACGGAAUGAGCGAUAUGUCGGAGCGAACGACAAUGUGUUGGUUCUAUAUGCGCCUUCUCAAUCAUGCAGAUGCCAAUUUCUAUGCGUAUCCGCUUGAUCUGUGUGCCGAAGUCUCGGAGCAGUUGCAAGUCACCAAGAUCUAUCAUCUACCUUCUUCAGAAAACGAGCGUAUCCGUGAGAAUGCACGCCCGUAUGAUCAUGACAAGAUUCAUGCCUCGGGGCUCAGUGAGUAUCAUCCUCAGUUAAGACCUCCGCCCCGCAGCACGACAAGGCCGUAUCAGGUUGUGCAGCCCGAAGGACCGUCUUUCCAUGUGAACGGGAAUUCCCUGAGCUGGGAGAAAUGGACGAUGCAUGUGGGCUUCAACUAUCGCGAAGGUCUUACCUUGCAUGAUAUCCGAUACGAUGGGCGAAGCCUCUUCUACCGUCUGGCCUUGUCCGAGAUGUUUGUCCCGUAUGGGGAUCCUCGUAUGCCAUUCCCACGCAAGGGAGCGUUCGACCUGGGAAACGAUGGCGCAGGGAUCAAUGCCAACAACCUGCGUCUUGGCUGUGAUUGCUUGGGAACGAUCAAAUACUUUGACGCAUGGCACAACACCGCUUCAGGGGAGCCACUCAAGCUACCGAAUGUCGUGUGCUGUCACGAACAGGAUGAUGGGAUUCUGUGGAAGCACACCAAUCACCGCACUCAGAAUGCCGUGGUCACUCGGUCGAGAAUUCUCGUACUGCAAUCGAUCAUCACGGUGAGUAAUUAUGAGUACAUCUUUGCCUUUCAUUUUGGCCAAGACGCGUCGAUCUAUUACGAGGUGCGGGCCACUGGCAUCCUGUCAACCUGCCCUAUCAACACGGGAGACAAAGUCAGCUAUGGGACAGUCGUCGCGCCAGGUGUACUGGCUCCGUACCAUCAGCACCUCUUUUGUCUUCGAAUUGAUCCGGCAAUCGAUGGAUAUGCCAACUCGCUGCAGGUCGAAGAGUCGAUCCCCUUGCCCAUGGGUGAUGAGAAAAGUCACAAUCCUUUCGGAGUCGGUUACACUACCAAGUCACAGAUAAUUACUCACGAGGGUGGACACGAUCUCGACUUUACCACCAAUCGCACAUUCAAGAUCAUCAAUGAACACAAGAUGAAUCCUAUCACCGGCACACCGGUGGGCUUCAAGCUGUUGCCGUGCUACAGUCAGAUGCUCCUCGCCCACCCCCAGUCGUACCAUGCCAGACGCUCCGAGUUUGGCAGUCACGCAGUAUGGGUAACGCGCUAUCAAGACGAUGAGCUAUAUCCCUCGGGCCGCCAUACGAUGCAAUCUCUUGGCGGAGACGGCAUCAGCUCGGCCAUUGCACGACGAAAAGGGGACCAAGCUGCCGCGAACGUCAGAAACGAAGAUAUUGUGGUAUGGCAUACAUUUGGAUCAACUCACAAUCCACGGAUUGAGGAUUGGCCAGUGAUGCCUUCCGAAAAGAUGAUUGUCGGUUUGAAGCCCAUCAAUUUCUUUACGGGUAACCCAGGAUUGGAUGUGGCCGUCUCAACGCAGGAACAGAAUCAGAGUGUGUUGGUGGAUGGCACACUGCGCUGUCGUGGUGACGCUUGCUCCCGCCUCUAA